UCGACAAGUCUUAAUCAUACAACACGUGCGAGAAAGAUUCUCUCUCUAUUUCAGUUUUCUUUUUGGUGAAUUAUUACAGAAGUUAGCAAAGGUGACCGUUAGAGAUACACAAACACAUGAUGCGGGAAUAACCUACACACAUAGAAUCGCUUUUUCUACUCUCCUUGCGGAAUAAUAGUCGCACAGGUACAGCAAAAUAUCGUAACUAUAGGUGCGUGUGCGCUUAACUCGGACUGACUUACAGCAUGUAAAAGGACGCUCCGGACAAUUGUUUUGACAUACAUACAAUUGAAGAUCGUGAUUCUUCAAAAUCAAAGAUCAUACGAAAUGCAAUUAUCCUUCGAUUCGAAGUUGAACAUUUGCACUCGCUUGAUAUUCGAGCACUGCGAACAAUAAUGGAAAUCACAGACGAGACCAUUUUUAUGCGUCAACUAAUAGACUUAAUGAACGGCUUUUUGAGAAAAAACAUCCGUCCGCAAAAGAGACUUCUCGAAUUUGACUUUGUGAGAGCUCAUCCGAAUGAAAAGUUCACUUCGGUGUUUCUUGUCAAUUCGAGUACCGUUAUCAAGAAAAUUAUUUUAAAGCAUCGCAUGAUAAGUCUUCGCGUAGCAAAUUAUCCCAACGCGCUUUUCCGAUUGUCUUACAACUACGCGCGCAAUAAUAAUUGCAUACGCAACAUCGUAUUCUCAAACAAUAUGGCAAUACACAAAGAUAUCGUUGCUAUAUGCUAUUUUUAUUAUCUGGAACAAGAGUACAAUCUGUCCGUAAGUUCGAACGCAAGAACCAUACAAGCUUUGAAGCAACUUUUUUUCGACAAGUAUUGCAAUGACCCAUUGAAGUUGUUCAACGAGGAUCUCACAUUUCAAAAGAUAGCUAAGUGCUUCCCGAGCAUAAUGCUGUGGAUGCUCAAGUUCAAUAUCCCGGGUAUUUCUCACAUGCCUUUUGAUUUGUUUCCCAAUCUUCCGAGAAUGCUCUUCUCGCCCAUAUUUCUCUUGAUUCUUCCCGAUGAAUAUGUGCAGCAGUCGUUGCCGUUGCUUGUGGCCAUCCGUCUGGCGUCAAAUUUGAAAAAACAGGACUUGGAAGCUUCAAGAUAUCUGUACGACUGUCACGCAAACCUACUCGUCAUUCCCGAGUCUUUAAAAUACGCGAUAUGCAAGCAGCUGUGCAUUAUCGUCGAAAACGACGGUAUAACGCAACUUGUCUAUUCUCCUACACGAUAUAAACAUAUAGUUCAGCAUAUACUUCAGUUUCACAAACAACAUGAUGAGUACUUGCAAGAUAUAAAAUGCGAAAUGUAAAUCAAAACUGCAAAUGUUUUCGUUUUUGUUACAAACUUUGUAAAUCAAAAUUGACAUGUACACCAACACGUAUAAAAAGAAACACUGCAGGCUUUUAUUAUUGAUCAAAGUAGUAAGUUUUCUAUACUAAUACAAUUAUUAGUUAUAUUAUAGUAAUAACUAUACACAUAUUUUAUUUUGCAUCAUUAUUAUUAGUUUUAUUUUUGUAAUUGUAAUUGCGCGUAAUUAUCCGCAGAAGUAAAGAAAGUUAGCAAAAUGAUUUCAGUAACUUUCGAUUUAUCGAGAUGACAUAUGAGAGAGUCAGUACAUACUCAUAAUAUGUACAUAAAAAUGUUUAAAAAAAAGAUAAAAUAUUUUAAAGAGUAAAAAUUUUUUUUUCUGGUUAAAAAAUUUCAAAGAAAGACAUUUUUAGUACGCUGCAAAAAGAGUCAAAAAGUAUCAGUAAACAAGUAGAUUCGAUUUGUUUCCCAAAUGAGCCAUUCUUGAUAUUUUUAUUUUUUGUUUUAUUUUUUCACAAUAUAUCGUGCACAAACAUUUAGCACGUUUACAUCGAUCAAAAAGAUCUUUGCUUUAUACUAUAUAUAAGCUUAAUUGUAAACUUUGAUUUAUUUUUAUUUUUAUUUUUGUUUUAUAUGUUUAUUAUGAUUUAUGCAAAAAAAUAACACAGUUGUUGUUUUGCCCCUUUUAUUGAAGGAAACGCAAGAUAUUUAUUACGAUUUUUCGACUUAUUUUGUAGCUUACUAAAUGUCUUUAAAAUAUUUUAUAUUUUUUUUGAACAUCCUAUAUAUUUAUGUACUCAUACUAUAGUAUAGUAAAACAAGCGUUAUAUAACGAAAAAAGUAACAAAGAUUUCUUGCCUGCAAAAAACGUUAUGAAAACUUUCCACUAGUAAAUAAUAUAACUGCUUUAGUGUAAAACAAGAAGUUGUAACAAAUUUGAUAUAUUUUUAUGUUACUUACUCGAAUGAACUUACUCGAAUUAUAAAAACUGUUUCCGCUAGUAAAUAAUAUAGCUUUAGCGUAAAACGAAA